ACAUACAGUUCAAAACUAAUACAAAUUAGUAAAGAGCAACCAAUGGAAAAAGCAAGGGAAAAAUGGGAAAGGCGAAAGGAAAACCCAUCCCCCCGCCGUGUGGCACAGGGACACCACAAUCAGCCGUCUCUGGAAUGUUAGGGCCAUUCACAGCCUGUCUCUCACCUGUCCCAGGCCCCUGCCCAGGCCCUGGCUGUGCUGCAGGGGUGCAGUGGGUCAGACACUUGCUCUGGCGGUGGCCACACGCCCUCUGGCGCUAGGUGGCAGGACCCUUCUUCCCCUGUCAAUCCCCCCGCUGUCACUGUUAUGAUCCCCGCUCCCAGUCCGGCCUGCAAGACCUUCUGGCUGGGGACGUGUCCCUGCGCUGGGCCCGUUGCCCAGGGUCCCCCCUUGCUCUCCCCAGCUGCUCACCACACCCGGCUCCAGCCCCAGCACUGCUGCCACUACGCCUGCGCGGCUCCACCCUGCUCUCUCCUUAGCUCGCCCCUCUGGCCAGGCAGCUCCAGCUCACUCAGAGGAUGGGACCCCCGCCCCGGUCUCCUGACUCCCUAUUGGCCUGCCUGCCCUGUCAAUCAGACUGACCUGGAGCAUUGGCCUCUCCCCAUUGCCCCUGGGGACUGUCAGUCUCAGGGUCCUGAUUUCCCAUCGACCCUUCCCCUUUCUUUUGGUACUGGGAGCUGGCCAGCCAAAACCCCGACUAAGUUUUAGUAAAGGGCCAACAGUCCCCUUCCACAGAGGCUGGGGGAGCAGGAUGAGCAGACACAAUACUUAGCACAGACACAUGGAACUGAGAUCAGGACCCCCAUCGUGCCAGCUGCUACACAGAUCCCCACCUGAGAUUGGGGCCCCAUUGUGCUGUGGGCAUUGCACAGACAUCAACCAAGAUCAGGGUCCCUGUUGGGCCAGGCACUGCACAGACGCACACAGAGGCUAUGCUCUGAGGACCUUACAAUCUAAAUGCAUGAGACAGCCAGAGGAAGGAUUAUUUUGUAACGGGACCACUCAGCACAACAAAAAUAAGUCUGCUCGCAGAGCUGCAAGCCAGGAACUGGCUGCUUUGGUUAACUACAUUGUUCACAACAGCCUGGGGAGGAAAACCCCACCCACUCAGACAGGAGGAAGGGAGAGAUGGAGCAUGGCUCUAUAGCCCAUAGGACUCUGGGUAACCCCGUUAAUAUAGGGUUAACUUUACUACAACUUAUUAUCCCUGUUUUGCCACUGGAGACACAGGCAAGGGGGGGGGCCUGUGAUUCUCAUAAGGAUUCAAUAGCUUUCUAAAUUAGAAUGCAAGUAUUCCACAGCUUUUCAAAUGAGGCAACAAUUCCAGUGGGAUUUGGGGUGGUAACUUCUUGACGCUCCUUUGAACAUCUCAGUUUAAGGCCUGCGCACCUCACAGAUGUUGUACCAGCAUCAGUGUGGCUGUUAGGGAUGAUAUUGUUAACAAUACUCGUACAACCGCUAGUGUGCAUGCAAUUAGACCAGUAUAAAGGCGCCUCAUUCUGUAUAGAUUACUGCCCUGCAGGAAGAAGACUAAGGAAGCAGGGAGGCAGUGUGGCCUAGUGGAUAGUGCAGUGGCCUGGGACACAGGUGGCCAGGAUUUCUGGCUGUGCCACUAACCUGUUGGGUGACCUUGGGCAAGUCGCUUCUUCACUCUGUGCCUCAGUUUCCCCAUCUGUAAAAUGGGUGUAAUUCAGCAGAACUGCUUUGAAUGCCAAGUGUUACAGAAGCGCUAGGUAGCUCUCUGCUACAGGUCUAAGGCACCUCUUUAAAUGCUGUACAGAAUAAACCGUUCACUCACCAGACCACUGGGGGAAAUCCCCCACCAGGGUGGGUGGCGGUUACCUGGUAACCAGAGAUGGAGCACACAACCCCCUGUGAUGUCAUGAUAAGUCCUCCACAUCCCCCUCCCCAACAGACAGUGUUACAUUAACCCACUACAGGGAAGGCGUGAGCGCCUCCUACAGGUAGUUAGUGGUGGACAAUCCAAGGACGGAGGGGGUGUAUAGCUGAGAAGGAGGAUGGGCCAGUGGGACCGAGGUGUCCUGAGCUUUGAUCCCAUCUCCUGCUGUAGUGCUGGGUAAAUUGCUUUGGCCCUGGGUUUUCUAUGAGAGGCAGCGUGGUCUGUUGUGGGGGCAGGGGGAAGUGACACAAGGAAGCACUCAAAGCCACACAACAGAGCCAGGAAUAGCUCCAGGUAUCCUGAGCCUUGGUCCAGCACCCUAGCCACUGGGCCCACCUGCUUCUGCUGUCUUGGGGGUUGUUAUCAAUAUGGCACAUGCCUUUGUUUUAGCUAUGCCAAUAGGAAGCCCACAAUGCAACCAAGAUGAAUGAUGAGACGCGAAAUAAUUCCACCUCCUGCAUCAGGGUGAAGAUCCCCCCCGUCCACGUAAGUGCAGCCACACGCCCAGCCACACUCAUGACUUUUGCUCAUGAUCCGGAUAACGCUGAGCCCUGAAGUCAGUGACACUUUCUGGGUCCUGUGCCCUCUAGUGCCUUCUGCAAUAUUUGAGCCACAAAAAGCCACCCAGGGAGAGCCACCCCUCCCCCCACCUAGCUCCACAAAUAAACAGGGUUAUGGUUCCCUUGAGCUUAGGUUUCAUGGGGUCAAAUCCAACCUGCCAGCAUCCCAUUAAAGAGCCUUAAUAUGUCACCAAGCAAUGUCUGCAGGGAUGGUGCUCUUCAUGAUCACCCCCACUCCCCAAUAUUAUCUGGCCCUAUCAAGGAAACCUCAGUUACAAGCCAACAGCAAGAUCUGGGAUGAGAAUGGAAGCUGUGGGGAAAUUAGGGACAUGGGACUGUUAUCAGAGAACCGUGGAGUGACUCUGCUUAAAUCAAUGGGGUUAGGGCCAGAUUCUGCUCUCAGUGCCCCUGGGGUAGAUCCAGAGUCACCCACUGACUGCAAUGGGGGUCCAGGCUGGAUUCUGAUCUCAGCUCCCCCUGGGGUUCAUCUGGAGUCACCCACUCACUGCAAUGGAGUCAGUCCUGGAUUCUGAUCUCACUUAUGUCUGGUGUAAAUCCAGAGUAACUCCAGUGAAUUUAACAGGGCUGGGGCCAGCUUCUGAUCUCCUGCACUCUAGUCCAAUCUAGCAUAAUCCCAUUGAAGUCAGUGAGGCUGGGGCUAGAUCUUGCUUUCAUUUAACCUGGUCUAAACCUGGAAUAACUCCAGAUUGAUAAGCAAUAGAGUACGAGUCAGCAUCUUAUCCCACUGGAAACCCAUGGCGUCACUCCAGAUUGAUAGCACAUUCCAGCCCUCCGUGUUCACGUGUUCUUGCUGAUGCAACUUUCCCCUUUGGAGAGCCCUUUCCUAUGUGGCCACGAUUCACCAGGGGUCUCUAAUGGGAUCCCCAUAUCUCCUCUCCGAGGUGGAACUCAAACCCGGUGACCUGAUUGAGAUCUUCCGCUCAUGCUACCAGCACUGGGCAAUCUACGUCGGUGAUGGCAAAGUCGUUCACCUGGCUCCUCCUUGUAAGUGCCCCCUUCCCUAAAGGGGGAGGUGUCUUUUGCUGGAGGCUGAAGGUGGGUCCCUGCCAUGGGAGUGCCUUAGGGGUUUCUAUCUGCAGAGGAGCCAGUGCUCUGUGCAGGAUUUGGGGAUCCCAUGCCAUGGGAGCUGCAGCCCUUGUGUGCCUUGGAGGCCAGCUGCAUGGACGUUCAGCAGUACUGACUGCCAUACAGCAGAGUGUAGUACUGCCUGCUGGCACUGGGGGGAGCUGGAAGAGCUACAGCCCUGAAGAGUGUGGUAGGGCUCGCUGCCACUGGGGGACUCAGUGCUCCAGCCUCUGGAGGCUGCACUACCCCUGGCUGUCCCCUGCUGGUGGGGAAGGGGACUGCAGGCAGCACAGGUUGGAGCUGCAGAGCAGAGAUUGGUUGUAUGCAAAGCUGCCUGCUGCCUCUGCUCCUGCGGCCACAGGAAGGUGUGGUUGGGUGGGGGAUGCCCACGUAUCAGCCACUGUUCCCAGCCUCCAGGGAUGCGAGGAGAGCUCUGGGGAGAUGCAAUUUCCCCCAGGCACCAUGGAAUCUCCCUGCGUCAUACCCAGCUCAGUGCCGACUCAAUGGAUCUCGCUCUCCCCCACCCAAGGUGAGCACCCCAUGGACGGCGUUGCCAGCGUCCUGGCUGCCCUGUCCGACAGAGCCUAUGUGAAGAAGGACUGGCUGGAGGACGUGGUGCGCAAGGACCGCUACCGGGUGAACAACAAGCACGACGAGACUCACCCCCCGCUGCCAGUCUCCAAGAUCGUCCGGUGGGCCCAGGAGCUAGUGGGGCGCGAGAUGCCCUACAACCUGACCAGCCACAACUGUGAGCACUUCGUCAUGGAGCUGCGCUAUGGCGUGGCCAUGAGCGACCAGGUCACAGAAGCUAUAGCCAUGGGCACUGUGGGGGUGAUGGGAGUGGCGGCGGCUGUGAUCAGAUCCAUGGCUCAGAGACGCAAGCAUCGGAAGGAGUAGCAGCAGAUGGAGGGAGCGGGGUUCGUACCUGCACUGGCUUGGGGCGAUUAACCCAGCUCUCGUCCUUUAUCAUCAGAUUGUUUUCAGUGCAAGAUGAAAGGAAAAUGAGAUUUCGUGAACAAAGCUGCCCCAUAGCUGACACCCAAUUGUAUCCCAAUAAACUCAUCUUGAGACCCCUGCGUCUUGCUGUCUGGGCUGAAAACAUACAGUAAUGUGGCUCAUAGCUUGGUCAUCUUGUGCUGUGGUUUCCCAUCUUCUCUCCCAAGCUAAGCCGGGUUGGGCUGGCUCAGUGUAUUCAUGAAUGAUCUCCUGGGAAAUUGCACUGAUUCAACAGGGGAUGCUCUGAGUGAGGUGCUCCCUUUCUGAUGUAACC